CUGGUGGAGCAGAAACCAGUGCAGGUGUCACCUGUCCGGUCUCCAUGUGUCUGCUCCGCGGCAGGAUGCUCGUUCUGCAGCCCUCCAGCCGGACGUCUGGAUGAGGAGCUUCAUGGAGGAGAGAGGAACCUGUUCGACACGAUGAACAAAGUUGGACUUAUUGGAGUGCUGCUGCUGCCUCAGGUAAAGUCCUCGUCAGGUUGUCAUCCUCACGUCAACCUAGUGAAAGAGGAGGAGAAGUGCCUGAGAGAUGCUCUUCUCUACGAUUCACACCGAGCAGCAGAAAACAACGUCAGCAGCGUGCACUGUGAAGGAAUGUGGGAUCAUCUGAACUGCUGGCCUCCCGCUUCUCUCGGGGAAACCGUCGCUCAACCAUGUCCAGAGUUUUUCAAUUCAGAAGGGACGGUGCAUCGCAACUGCUCCGCCGGCGGCUGGACGGACCCCCUGGUCCCCCACGAGGACGCGUGUGGCUACUCCUUCAACGAGACGCUCCCCUUCCUGGGAGAGUCCUCAGAUUCUCAUCUGUACUUCUCCUACGUGAAAACCAUGUACACAGCGGGAUACACACUGUCCCUCAUCUCCCUCACCAUCGCCAUCACCAUUUUCUGUCUGUUCAGGAAGCUCCACUGCACCAGGAACUACAUCCACAUCCAGCUCUUCCUCUCCUUCAUCCUGAGGGCCAUCUUCAUCUUCAUCAGAGACUCUCUGCUGUUUACUAAUGAGGAGCUCUACCACUGUGACCACUACCCGGUGGCGUGCAAGCUCGUCCUGAUGUUCUCCAACUACUCCAUCCUGGCCAACUACAGCUGGCUGCUGGUGGAGGGCCACUUCCUGUUCACGCUGGUGAGCCGCUCCUUCUUCUCGCUGAAGAAACACCUGGUCUGGUACAUCGUCCUGAGCUGGGGUUUACCGGUGAUUGUCAUCGUCUCCUGGGGCUGUGCCAAGUAUUUCUAUGAAGACGAAGGCUGUUGGGAAACCAGGAGCCAUGAGUGGAUUUGGUGGAUACUUCGAGUGCCUGUGCUUCUGACGAUAUCUAUGAAUCUCGUCUUCUUUCUGGGGAUUCUGAGGAUUCUGGUGAGCAAGCUGAGGAUGCCCGACACUCAGAGGAACGAGUUCAGUCAGUAUAAGAGACUGAUCAAGUCCACGUUCUUCCUGGUGGCUCUGUUCGGUCUGCACUACAUCCUGUUUGUCUUCCUGCCUGUGGAGGUCAGCAGCCUGGUGUUUAAGAUCUGGACGUUUGCAGAGCUGGCUCUGUCCUCCACACAGGUACACGAGCUCAAACAGUUCACUGAGAAUAAUGAUCGAUACAAACACACUGACGACGCCUGUCUGUGCCUCCACGUCUCUCAGGGGUUUGCAGUCGCUGUGCUUUACUGCUUCAUGAACGGAGAGGUGCAGCAUGAGAUCCAGAGGAGGUGGAGGAGGUGGAGGCUCACUCAGCUCCUGCCCACUCGGCCCAGGCAGCAUCACGGCUCCAUCAGCCACAGCGCCUCCCCCCACACCCAGGUCACCCUGCUGCUCUGCUCUCCAGGCGGCCCGGGCACCGCUGGGCUCCCGGUGGACACGCUGGAGAUGUGACUGGAGUUUGGGGUCGUGAUGACAGAGCGGAGCCUACAGACAGUCCAGUGAUUCUAUCUGACGACUGCGGAGUCUGAACUGUUUAAAUGUCGUCAUUUGACAUUUGACCGUCAAAUGACGGCAGAUGAAGUUUGAGAGUUAUUGGGGUUUUAAAGUUUGUAUAAUCUAAUGUAAGCAGCUGCACACAUUAAAAAAGAACUGGUCAAAGUUACUGCAGUAGAAAAUAACAUAUCCUGUUGGAUGUUUUUAUUACGACUGGGAUUUCUGCAGCCUUGUGCGGGACAAUGUGUUUCUAACGGGUUGAACUAGUGGCAGGAAUGGAAUUAGUUGGAUAUUUGGUCUUACAGAUAUUUUAUAGGGCAAUUCCAGCAUUUUUAGACAUUAGACAUUUUACCAAUGCAUCAGUAAAUGAAUGAUUCAGCAUUCUUUUACUGUUAGAUUCUAAAAUAGGAGUUAAACGUCAAUGUGAAACAUUUAAACCUGAAAGAUCCAGAUUGUCUUUGUGAUCGAAUUGCCCACAAAUACAAUCAGUCCUCGAAAUA